AUCAAUUUCCUCCCUUCUACACAUACAUACAUACAUACGCUCCUCCCAUCAUUCCCAUAAUCACAUCAGUUCAACCAACUCUACAAUCUACCUCCCCCAUAUCUUGAACCCCUACAUUUUAUUGCGUGUACUCGUAUUGACUCGCAAUUCUCUUUUCUCCUUUGUUUUAUUUAGGACACCCGGUUUGUGUUUUUAUCCGGUUACUUGCCCAACCGAACUACAAAUCAGUACCAAGAUUUCUUUCUGCUGCAGGGUCCCAUCCCGAGCGCGCUUCGCGAAAAAUCACCUGGUCGAUUUCAUUUAGGAAUUACUUCCGUCAUCGCCCUCAUCACCAAGCAUCAUCAUCAUCAAUACCUGGUUCUAUCCGGUCUAAAUUCGAAAUCCAUCCACCUGACGUGACGUCGACUCAGCCGACCAUUCAGAAUCAACAAACCCCAUCAAACACCCCUCCGUUUUCCCCAUUCUCCGUCAUCUUCCGUCAGACGAUAUGCCGGGGAAAACGCCUCAUUCAAAUGGCAACGAGCCGGUCGAGAAUGGUAUUAGGAAUAACCAGGAUGUUGAAAUGACCGACGAGAAGUCCGCACUUAAGGGAAAGGGCAAGAAGGGCGCUAAGGAGGGUGAGGAUAUGACUGUUGUCGUGCCCCCAUCCAAGACCACAAAGCAAUCUUCUCAACCACCACCACCUGAUGCUGAUGGAGAUAUUGCUAUGGAUGUAGAUAAGCCAGAAGAUCUCGAGGUGAAGGUAGACCCAGUUACGCAGGCUAUCACAGAUAUCAAGAGCAAUUUUGCCUUGCUUGACCGCGCGGUAACCCUGUUCGAUGCCAGAUUCACAUUAAGGGCCUUAAGAUCCAUCUCUUCGCUUCGGAAACGCCUCACCCCAGAUAUCCUUGCUUCGGUCAUCGCCGAGACUUUCUCUCCCACAAGCGCAACCGCCAACGUUGCUAAACAGCUUCUAGCUGCUAUCGGAAAGGAAGAUGUGUCUCUGGGUCGCCAGUCAGGUUCCGAGAUGGAAAUCGACAGUGAGCCGAAGGCGCCAGCCAAGAACGGCAACAAGAAGGAGACCAAAGAAGUUAUUCCCGAAAUCGAUAUAUUCUUGAGCAUCUUAGUCCAAGUUUAUCUUUUUGACUCGAAGCAGUUCCAACGAGGUGCCGAGUUCUCCAAGUACCUGUCAGAGCGCAUCCAUUCCCUAAAUCGUCGGACUUUGGACUCGCUCUCUGCGAAGGUCUACUUCUACUAUUCCUUGUUUUGCGAGCAGCUUGCUCCCCUGCCUCCUUCUCCCCAGUCUCCCGUUGUCGCGAUCCGCCCAAUCUUGUUGACUGCCCUCCGUACUGCCGUGCUGCGAAAGGAUAUUGACAUACAAGCCUCGGUUAUCGUACUACUUCUCCGAAGCUACCUCUUAACUUCGCACAUUUCUCAAGCAGACCUCCUCGUCUCUCACACCCAGUUUCCCGAGAAUGCUGCCAAUAACCAGGUCGCCCGUUUCCUGUACUACCUCGGCCGAAUCCGUGCUAUUCAACUACGGUACACUGAGGCUCAAGAGCACCUAACAGCGGCUACGAGAAAGGCGCCGGCAAGUUCUUGCGCCCUCGGAUUCGCCCAAACUGCGACUAAGCUUCUGCUUGUCGUGGAAUUACUGAUGGGUGACAUUCCGGAGCGAGCAACUUUCCGUGUGCCUAACAUGGAGCAAGCGUUGCACCCUUAUUUCUUACUCGUCCAAGCCGUACGAGUAGGCAACUUGGAGGAUUUCGAAGUGACGAUUGCCGACCAUGCCGACACCUUCCGCCGCGACGGAACAUACUCGCUCAUCCUACGUCUCCGACAGAAUGUCAUCAAGACGGGUAUCCGCAUGAUGAGCUUGAGUUACAGCCGUAUCUCGCUGCGUGACAUCUGUAUCCGCCUACAUCUUGGUAGCGAGGAAAGUGCCGAGUACAUUGUUGCCAAGGCAAUCCGGGACGGAGUCAUCGAGGCGACGCUCGACCGAGAACGAGGAUUCAUGAAGAGUAAGGAGGUGGGUGAUGUAUAUGCCACUCGGGAGCCGGGAGAGGCGUUCCAUGACCGAAUCCGAGCUUGUCUCGCGCUCCACGACGAGAGUGUUAAGGCCAUGCGCUUCCCAAUGAACCAGCACCGACUGGAACUAAAGAACGCACAAGAAGCACGGGACCGAGAACGCGAGAUGGCGAAGGAGAUACAAGAAGGGGACCUAGACGAAGACGACCUCGGCGGUGAUUUCGAGGGUAUGUAACAUAAUCCGAACCGUGUAUUCUGAAAUUGGAGGAGGGAUUUCCGUCGGCGCUGCUUUACGCUUUACGCUUUCUACUUUCCGCCCGUAGCGGUCUCUUAAUGGUCGUAGGCGAGGUUGGGGAGGAUGCUUGCAUUAGUGAGAGUUUGUAGCCCGGUGACAGAUAAAGUUGGGGAGGCCGCACUACCAGCGUGUAGCCGACUAUAAACGACAUGAAUUCUGGCCCAUUGUAAUAGAUAACGGCAGAGGGAGAGACUCUUUCCCGGUCGCAGUCGGCGGGACGGAGCGUGGUGGGUUUAUUUUUGGCAAAGCCCUUGACAUUUCUAAACAUCCAUCAUGCAACACUGGCUAGGAGUUACCGUUUUCUACACGCAAUUGAGAUUCCUGCUGCUACUGCCGUUGCUGUUAAUGCUGCCAUUGCUCUCCUACUACAGUUCCCAAUAUGGCGUGAUCAAUAUUGUGUUUAUGUGGUUUGAGUUCCUAAGUAGAUUUCCCAUGGUUGUAGUAGUAACUUAUAUAGUAACUUAAAGUUGGGAAAUAUGCUUGAGGUACAUAUGUAGA